AUGUCGAACCAACCAGUAGGAGAUACGACGCCGCCCGAGGUGCCCGCACCAAUCAUCGCUCAUACGAAGUCUCCGUCGAAGUCUCCUUCCAAGUCCCCGUCGAGAUCUCCGCCAGCCCAGGGCGAACUUGUCCUUGCGGACGAUUCUGAUCAUGACUCUCAUGGGGAUGCCGACUCUUCCAUAGGUACCGAUACCGAGAGCUCGACCGCCUCUGUUUCUGCUAGUAUCCUCGAGUACCGUCGCAGCCAAGGACGCACGUACCACAGCGACAAAUUCACCGCAAAUUACUUCUUCCCCAAUGAUGAUCAACAAGUUGAGUCUAUGGAUUUGACGCACCAUUACUUGACGCUUCUUUUGGAUGGUGAACUGUUUCUUGCUCCUGUCAAGAUAGAUUCUGCACAGCGAGUUCUAGAUGUUGGUACUGGAAGCGGCAUAUGGGCAAUUGAAUUUGCCGACCGAUAUGCCAACACAGAAGUAGUUGGCACAGAUCUAUCUCCUUGCCAACCCCAAUGGGUCCCCCCGAAUCUUCGUUUUGAAAUCGAUGAUGCCACGCAACCGUGGACUUGGAAGGAAGAUUAUUUCAGCUUCAUUCAUAUCCGAUAUCUCUUUGGUGCUAUUAAAGACUGGAGUAGUCUCUUUAGCGAGGCAUACCGAUGUUGUGCACCAGGAGGCUGGGUCCAGUCAGGAGAGGCUGAUGUCACAUUCCGUAGUGACGAUGGAACUACUGAGCUGGAACCUGUUUUCAAAACAUACCAGAAGCUCUUUGAAGAAGGCAGUCAGAUUCUAGGCAACCCCUUCUUUGUCCACGAUUUGCAACAGAAGGCUUUUGAAGAGGCUGGCUUUACAGAUAUUGAGACCGUUGAUUACAAGUUCCCCAUCGGUGGUUGGCCCAAAGAUCCAAAACUCGCCGAGGUUGGGCGGUUUGUCAAGGCCACGCUGGAGAACGAUUUGGAGGGUUACACUCUUAUGAUGUGGCAGGACGUUUGCCAAUGGCCCAAAGAUGAAUAUCAGGUAUUUCUCAUGAGCUUGCGUAAAGCGAUACGCAACCCAAAAGUGCAUAGCUACAUGACUGUGCGUUACGUGUACGGUCAUAAGUAG